UUUGAAAAGAAGAAGCCGUUCUUAUGGCUUCUUCUUCUGUGCAGUGCCCACCGCUGGGAUUCUCGGCGAAGUACUAUCAUGUCGGCAUCGAUGGAAGCUGUGUGCGACAGAGCAGCUUCUUUGAGGGCAAAGCAGCUCUUAGUCAAGGAGUUGGGUACUCAGUUAUUCUUGGUUUUGGGGCUUUCUUUGCUGUCUUCACCUCUUUGCUGGUAUGGCUCGAGAAGCGAUAUGUGGGGGCACGACACACAUCUGAAUGGUUCAAUACUGCAGGCAGAAGUGUUAAAACAGGACUCAUUGCUAGUGUCAUUGUAUCUCAGUGGACAUGGGCUGCUACAAUCUUGCAAAGCUCCAAUGUCGCCUGGGAGUAUGGUAUUAGUGGUCCUUUUUGGUAUGCAAGUGGUGCCACCAUCCAGGUACUCCUGUUUGGAGUUAUGGCUAUAGAGAUCAAACGGAAGGCUCCUCAUGCUCAUACUGUCUGUGAAAUUGUAAGAGCUCGAUGGGGGAAUGCUGCUCAUAUUGUCUUCCUUGGCUUUUGCUUCAUGACAAAUAUUAUUGUAACAGCCAUGCUUCUUCUUGGUGGUUCUGCGGUCGUCAAUGCGAUUACUGGAGUCAACAUCUAUGCUGCAAGCUUUCUAAUUCCUCUUGGUGUGAUAGUCUAUACAUUAGCUGGGGGACUAAAAGCUACUUUCUUGGCCAGCUACAUACAUUCUGUGAUAGUGCAUGUGAUUUUGGUCAUCUUUGUGUAUCUGGUUUACACGGCAAGUAGCAAGCUUGGUAGUCCGAAAGUCGUCUAUAAUCAUCUCUUGGAAGUUGCAAGUAAAUCAAGAAUCUGUCAAGAACCAGUAUCUCAUACUGGACAGGCAUGUGGACCUGUUGGUGGGAAUUACAAGGGAUCCUACCUAACAAUGUUGAGUUCUGGUGGCCUUGUUUUUGGAAUUAUCAACAUCAUUGGCAACUUUGGCACUGUCUUUGUGGACAAUGGGUAUUGGAUGAGUGCCAUUGCUGCACGACCUUCGUCAACUCACAAGGGCUACCUGUUGGGAGGGCUUGUUUGGUUUGCUGUGCCUUUCUCGUUGGCAACAUCACUGGGUUUAGGAGCAUUAGCUCUUGAUCUACCACUAACAGCAAGUGAGGCUGGUCAUGGACUAGUUCCUCCUGCUACAGCUAUAGCUUUGAUGGGAAAAGCAGGAUCUGUUCUACUUCUUACUAUGCUUUUUAUGGCUGUGACAUCUGCUGGUUCUGCUGAGCUAAUCGCUGUUUCUUCCUUGUGUACAUAUGACAUAUACCGUACCUAUAUCAAUCCAAAUGCAACUGGAAAGCAAAUUCUAAAAAUUUCACGGUUUGUCAUUCUGGUUUUUGGGUGUUUCAUGGGAGUGCUAGCAGUGAUUUUGAAUAAGGUUGGAGUAUCAUUGGGCUGGAUGUACCUAGCCAUGGGAGUUCUUAUCGGUUCAGCUGUUCCUCCUAUAGCUUUCAUGCUUCUAUGGAAGAAAGCAAAUGCAUCAGGUGCCAUUGUUGGAACAAUAACUGGCUGCAUUCUUGGAAUUAUAACGUGGUUAUCAGUGACGAAAGUAGAGUAUGGCCGAGUAAAUCUUGACACAACUGGCAGGAAUGCACCGAUGCUUGCUGGAAACCUUGUCUCUAUACUGACUGGUGGGGCUAUCCAUGCUGUAUAUAGUUUAUUGUGGCCUCAGAAUUAUGAUUGGGAAAGUACCAAGCAGAUAACCAUGGUAGAAAGGGAUAAGACCGAUUUGCCAGAUGAAGAAUUUAAGGAAGAAAAGCUUAAGAAUGCAAAAGCAUGGAUAGUGAAAUGGGGUAUCGGUUUUACUGUUGUGAUUGUCAUAAUGUGGCCUGUUCUGUCGCUUCCAGCCAGAGCAUUCGGUCUUGGAUACUUCACAUUCUGGGCUGUCAUUGCAAUUGCUUGGGGUACCAUAGGAUCUAUUGUGAUUAUUGCUUUGCCCUUGUUUGAAAGCAGGGAAACAAUCAAAAAUGUCUUGAUUGGCAUCUUUACAAGUGCCAUUCUCAAUGAAAAGAUUGAGGAAACGAAUGCCAAAAUACGUGCAGUACCAGAGACUGAACAAAUACACUUAGAGAAAGACAAGGCAAAGAAACAAGAAAAAUUAGAGCAACAAACUCAUUCUGUUUCAGUGGAGCCAUGAUAGGCUUCUCAUAGAAGCUAUUCUCAUUGAUGCUUUGGAAGCAUAGAUCUCUUUUCAGAUUUUGGAAAAUGGAAAAUCUUCAAAUGGUUUGGUUGCUUGUCUUGCACCUUUUCCUUGUAAGUUAGGAUAUGUGCUUAGGGGUCUAACCUUAAUGAUCAGAGAUAAACUUGUCUUCUGGUCUUAUGGCCUGAGCCUUUGCUGUUCAAUUGUAACAGAAAAUCUGAUUUGUGAAAAUCCCUUAGCCUUUCUGUAUAUGUAUACCUUGUAGUCAAAAUCUAAUAAUUAUCUGAAUCAUUUGUUGAAAGAUGGUCUAACUCACUAGGCCUUCUCUC